CCACCGAUUGUUUUGCAUAGCUCAAAAUCGCGUAUAUAUAUAAUGAUUUUAUAUACACAUAAUAAUUAUAUUAUUAUAUUUCAAAUUUAUUCAUAAAAUAUUACGUCGGGUCGGUCCGGUGAGCUAUAUACAAAAAUUGCGGAAGCCAGAGGGAAGGUGGACAUUUUGCAUGCGCACUCGAAACCUUUGUCAACGCUAACUCGUAUUUGUUGGACUGUUCACACCAAAGAAGCAAGGAACGGAGGGGAGCAGAAGCAGAGCACAAGAAAAGCAGACUGAAAUACCAGACGAAAAGGAAGAAAAGGGAAAAUAAAUAACAGUGCGAAAACGAGAAGAUUCCAGCGCCCUCGUCGAUCGCAAGAAUGGCUAAUAUGAUUGGCAACAACCACAACAACUCCACCGCGAACAACAGCAGCAGCCACCAGAACAGUAGCGCCAACUACACUUACAAUAGCCACAACAGUGUGAGUGUGGACAGCGGAAACAGCAGCGGCGAGGCGCGACUUCGCGAUGUCUGCAACAUGCUCAACCCGGGGCCCAGCACCCAACACUACAUGAUACCAACAGGUGGCUGCUCAUACGAUCACAUUAUCGCGCUGAUGCGUGGCCUCGACCUACAGGACGACGGAAUUCUCCUGAACGCCAAAAUCAAGACCAUUGAGAUGGACUUCUGCAACAUUGUGCACGACGAAUCUAUGCUGUGCGAAUCCAUGGAGUAUAUGAACAGCAAGGCCCUCGCGGACAGCGAUACGGCGCUAAAGUUCGCCCUGCUCUUCUCGUCGCGCAACUUUGAUGCCCUGGCCAUGAAUUCGACUAAGGUGCGCAGCUCCAUGCUUAAGAUCCUAGAGACGAACUUUAUUAAUGCGGAUGCGUAUCGGGUUCGCGACAAGAAUCGUUUGUACAACUCUAUUACUCUGCUGGGAGAGUACUACCAUCGGGUGCGGCUGGCGGACAACGCUCCCAUUACCAUACUGGGCGAAUCGCUGCUGAAUCUGCUGACGCGCGAGCUGAACGACACUGCGGUGGUGAUCAAUACGCGCCUGGCCCGUCUCGUUCUCUCACAGAUCACGCUAAACGGGGAGAUAAUGCGCAAGCGUCACAAGGCGGAUAUCGACCAGCUGCUGUUCCACAUCAGACGGCACCUGAUCAUGCAGCCGGCGCUGACGGCUAAGGUUAAAGCCAUGCUGCUAAUGGUCCUCGAUCUGUUCUACAGUCACUUUAAGAACGUGGGACAUGAUCUGGAGGCCAUGUACACCAACUAUUUGGUGGUGGAGGAGGGCGAAGAUGAUGGCGCCAACAACAAUGGCGCCAGUGCACAGAAUUCCGCGGAAGAGAACGGCUCCAGUGCUAAUACCUCCGUCCAGGACCAGGAAUCGUACGAGGGUACAUCCCCUACUAAGAAAUGGAGCGAGCAGGUCUGCGAAGACUCCUUCUGCGACAUUGGCUAUGGUGAGGCAGAUCCGGGCGAACAGAAGUAUCAAGAUAAUGUAACAAAUUCAUAUCCUGCGAACACCGCUACCGAGCCUGGCCCGCGUCAUGUACGCCGAAGCUAUCAGCCACGCCAAGCACCGAGACCACUGAAGACGCAACAUCAUCAGCAAACGUCAGCUAACGUGGACUCCCAGUCCGACCAAUAUCCCUCCAUAGCCAGCAGUGAAGACCGCGACGAGAGCAAGCCCCUGCCCAGCUGGCGAAAGACACGCUUCAAUCGCAACCACGAGGGUGACCAGAGCAACGGUCGCUCCCGCGACCAACAGAGGCGCUUCAGCGUGAGCUGCGACGACGACCAGCACAGCGUGCGCAGCGAAAGCGGAGGCAACUUACGCCUCUAUACCAUCCAGGACCGCAGGAAGCACUCGCAAGAGAGGCACGAGCGCAACAUGAGCGGCGGUGCCAACUACAACAGCAUUGUAAACUCGAAUUGGGACCAACGGGACAGAGACGAUCGCAGUGAGCGCUCCUACAUGAGCAACUACGAGCGGGGCAACAACUACAAGCGGGGCGGGCGCUUCAAUAACCGCAACACCUACGACAAACCGCCGCGUUUCCAGAAACAGCAACAACAGCUCCAGCAGCAUCAAGUCGGUCCCCAGAAGAUACACAGCGAUACUUGGCGCCGUUCGAACACGGCUGUUAACAGCUCCUAUCAAGAUGAGAACUGUGCGUACAACUCCAACGGGCCGGAAUCAAACAGUCGCAGUUCGUCGCGGGCCCGCACCUUACCCCGACCAGCAAAGUCACAAAUGGACAAACCAAAUACGUAUCGUUACAACCAGAGUCCCGUUCGUGGUGGAGGCGCUGGGGGGCCACGUGGCUUCCCCCGCUACAGCAGUCAAAGUAGUUUGGCUAGCGAGGCCUCCAGUACAUUCGAUCGCCGCCAACAGAAUUCGCCGCAUAAUCCGCAGCACCAGCACCAACGCCAUCGCAACUUCACGCGCCGCUCACAGCCGGACAUCCAUCAGCCGCAGAACGAAGAAAACUGGGACCGCCGUGGGCAGGAACAGCCCCCUCCGGCACCCUCAGGCAAGGAGGAAAGCGAGUUGGUGCGCAAUGCACAGCAAACCACCAAGUACAUGAACUAUCUGUCCUCGCAGAAAUGAGACAGGCCUCCGGGAUGGCGAUCAACCCGUCGUCGGCGUCGACGUCAAAAGUUGAAAGAAAACCUGGGAAACCUUGAGGGAUUAUCAUAAGGAAAAUCAAUUUUAUAAACUAAUACAUUUAGUUUAUUAAUUCUAAAACAUGUUUUUGUCUAACACUUAUUAGUCCUUUGAAGAAAAUGUUCAAUUGUCCAUUGAAUUUGCUGUUAUGUUUUCCAAUUGAAAUUGUGCAACUACCUAAGAGUAGGCUGUUCUGUUUUCUGUCUGAACCUGAGCUCAAAUGUCAAACCAUACCAUAUACCCACAUAAUUAAUCUCCAGCCUCCCUAUUUUCGUCUCCACUCCGACCCGGUCACAAAUUAUCCUCAAAUCCAAACAUAGUCUCAAGCAACACGAAAAAAAUUAACACCAUACGCAUGCAUACAUUCAUUACACAUCGGAUUCAAUCAACUUGUAAAUAUCAGCAUAGUUUUAUAUGAAUGUCAGUCACACACUAUACACAAACACACACACACCCACAAGCAGUCACACUCAUUUUUAUAUUUAUAAAUAUACCAUUUUUUUAGAAACUAAGUACAAAAGUCAAGGAAUCAAGAUAAAUCCUAUUUCUAUCGAAAGUGAAGCCUGUUGGAUAAAUGUUACAUACACGUUGAGCAUAUAAAAUUGUAUUUUAGCUAAAUAUAUACAUACAUACAUAUA